CGCUCUGCGUGCUCUCUCUCUGCACCGCGCGCGGUCGCUCUCUCAGUGUAUCCUGCAAAUCCCUGCACCGUGUCAGUUUUCCGCACCAAUCGUCGUACCAGUCUCUGCGCCUUCCUCCGCUUCGUUAUUUUCUCGCGCUCGCUUGUUGGCAGAAAAAUCUUCCGCAACGCGAGAUUCGUUUUUCCUUGCUUCCCAAUCAACAUUCCCUACAAACCGCCUCCAGCUGUCCCUUGCAUUGUGCUCUGCUUUUAGCUUCUUCCGUAUAAUUCGUAGCAGAGGCCUCAACGCAUUUGUUGUACUGCUGACAAGCUUCACGAAUGUAGGUACGAUUUUGAUGUGUGGGGCAUGAAGUAAAAAACUAAAGAAAAAUAAAGAAAAACAUAGCUGCCUAGCAAGAUAUUGAUUUCUCAAGCAAAUUCGUUGAUCAAGGAUGUCAUACAAUCCAAAAGUUUGCAAAGCAUUUAGUGCAAUGAGAGCUUUAGGCAUUAAAGACGAAGUUGUGAAACCUGUCCUGAAGAAUCUUUUGAAAUUGUAUGAUAAAAAUUGGGAACUUAUUGAGGAGGAUAAUUAUCGGACUCUUGCAGAUGCCAUUUUUGAGUACGAGGAAUCUAAGGAAGUGGAAGAUGUCAAGGAGGAUAGAGGGCCUGAACCGCCCCAUAAAAGACUGCAUUUGGAACAGCAGGAAGACCAGGUUUCUUCUACAAUGGAAUAUUCAGGUUCAAUGGUUGUCCUAGAAGAGGGUGAGAUACCCUUAAUUUCCUGCAGACAAGAAGUAAUGGAGUCAUCUCUACAGAAUUCAGGAGAUAGAAGAACUGAAUCUAGCUAUUGUCGGCCUCAUGCACAGUCAAACGAUAGGGGAAAGGCUCCUGUAUCUUCUCAUUUGGUUCCUAGAGAUAAAAAAUCAACUUCUGAUAGGGGAAAGGCUCAUGUAUCUUCUCAUUUGGUUCCUAGAGAUAGAAAAUCAACUUCUGAUAGGCCACCAAGUGGAGUGCAGUUUAAACAGUCAAUGAAUGAACGUGCUUCUGUCAAUAUGCAGACGGAAGGGCCACCUCGUAAAAAACACAAUGAAACUUUCAUUAAACUAGAAACUGAGCAAUUCGUUACUGAAUUGCCAACUUUCACUGUGCCAACUUCAAUGGUCCAUUCAGCUCUUCCAAGCUCACUGGAGGGUUCUUCAACAGGAUAUAGUUCUUUCAAAUCCCAGUUAUCCCAAUAUAUGGACAACAAGGAUGAUGGUUCUGCACACAAUUGUGGUACAAGCUGUGAGAGUAAUUUUGAUAUUGCUUCCUCGCCCUUGGGGGAAGUGAAAAUUUCUCUCAACUGUCACUCUGUCAUUGGGCAAUCUAAUUUCCACAUUCCGAAGUUAGACGCAGUCUUAAAAUUUGUAGAGGAUAAGUAUCUCAGAACAUACAAAAUUGUUGGGCCCCAGUUUUCUGUGGUGAAGUUAUUGAAAGAUUUGUGUGAAUAUUACCUGGAAUUGGGUACCAAUUCUAAUGACAGGUCUGCAAUAAUUAAGUCUUCGGCCAAAGUGAACAUGGAUGGUCGUGGUGGUCAUCAUCACAUCAUAAGGCUACGCGAUGCUGUGAAUAUUGGUAAUUUUAAAAAGGAUUCAGACAAUAAGGAAGUAAGCUGUCAUGGAUCUUCAAGUUCACGUAAUUUGGUUGUUCGUCAGCGCCAGACAUUCUCUCCUAAAGAAAAGAAGCCCUAUCGUAAGAUCAAUGACAUAGCAAAAGGCUCAGAGAAGGUGAAGAUUUCAUUGGUAGAUGAAAUUGGCUGUAAGAAACUGCCCAAGUUCGUUUACAUACACCAAAAUACUGUCUAUCAAAAUGCAUAUUUACAUUUCUCGCUGUCUCGGAUUGCGGAUGAGGACUGCUGCCCAAGUUGUUCAGCAGAUUGUCUUUCAUCAUCAAUACCUUGUGCAUGUGCUCGUGAAACUGGGGGAGAGUUUGCCUAUACUUCACAAGGCCUGCUAAGAGAAGAAUUUUUAAGAAAUUGUAUUUCUAUGAAACGGAAACCACAAAAGCAUCAUAUUGUUUAUUGUCAAGACUGCCCACUGGAGAGGUCUUACAACGAACAGAUGCCUGAACCAUGCAAGGGUCAUUUGGUUAGGAAAUUCAUAAAAGAAUGCUGGAGAAAAUGUGGCUGCAAUAUGCGGUGUGGAAAUCGAGUAGUACAGAGAGGUAUUACCUGCAGUUUGCAGGUAUUCUUGACAGAGGAAGGAAAAGGUUGGGGUGUUCGAACAUUGGAGGUAUUGCCUAGAGGUACAUUUGUUUGUGAGUAUGUUGGUGAGAUUUUAACCAACAUGGAGUUGGAUGAGCGGAAUAAGGAAAGAAAUGAUGAGAGACAUACAUACCCGGUGCUGCUUGAUGCAGAUUGGGGUUCAGAAGAAUUUUUGAAGGAUGAAGAGGCACUUUGCCUGGAUGCAACCUUAUAUGGAAAUGUUGCUAGGUUUGUAAAUCAUAGAUGCUUUGAUGCAAACUUGAUAGAGGUUCCUGUUGCAGUUGAGACCCCUGAUCACCAUUACUAUCAUCUUGCCUUUUUCACAAACAGAGAUGUAGAUGCUUUGGAAGAGCUAACAUGGGACUAUGGUAUUGAUUUUGAUGACCAUACCCACCCUAUUAAGGCAUUUAUGUGUCGUUGUGGAAGCCCAUUUUGCCGAGACAAGAAGCGCAGAGAAAGUAAAGGGAGCAAGGAAGAAGAAGCUGAACACCGUUGUUUUUACAAGGUUCGGCCGCAGCUUACGUCCUUGCCCCAAGCAACCCGCUGUGAGGAUUUCCUUUACCAACUUCGUUAUCAGGUACAGUGUCAACCUCUACAAAGAUUAGAUGACCAACAACUGAUUGGGAUGGGAAGUUAUACCAAAACUGUUGUUGUCGCAUGACAUUACGAUAAUAGACACUAUUUUGGACAAUCUUUGGUCCAUUUUUGUCAUGCUGUGGUAUAUAGCAGUCUUCUAUUUACCAUUAAAAGAAAUAUACGCAAAGGAGUUGAGAGAUAUUUGGGGAUUGUGGUUGAAGCUUUGAAGUUAUUCUGGUCAUAAUCGUUGUUCUUGGGGUGGUGGUUGAACACAGAUAUCCACAUAUAUUGUAAUGAGCAAACAGCCCUUUCUUUUUGUACUCAUAAUCAGCGACUGUUUUGAUC